AUGUCGUACCUCAGCCAGCAGCUCAGCUCCCGCUGCUUCCCCCCCUGUGAGGUGACCUGCCCGCAGCCCUGUGUUGACGCCUGCAGCCAGCCCUGCGUCACCUCCUGCGGGGACUCCCGUGCCGUGGUCUACCCCCCACCCGUGGUCAUCACCUUCCCGGGCCCCAUCCUCAGUUCCUGCCCGCAGGAGAGCUUCGUGGGCAGCUCAGCCCCGCUGGGGCUGGGGCUGGAGCAGCCCAGGGCUCUGCAGGGCUCCCUCCCCUAUGGGGGCUUCUCCUCCUCCUCCUUCUCCCAGCAGUCCAGGAGGUAUCGCUACAGGGACUGCAGGCCCUGCUGA